AAACAAGGUCUUCUGAUUCAUCAGAGAAACAACCAUAUAAAAAGAUUAGUUUAAAAAAAAUCCUGUUUUGUUUUGUAUUAAAGAAUGGCGCAAAAGAAAUACUUUGCAGCAAAACUUAAAAAUUGUUUAAGAGAAGACAAAAUUCAGCUUUGGAAACCUCCGUACACAAAUGAAAAUAAAGAAGCUGGUCUGGAAUUGAAGGAGCUUGCACAGAAAUAUUCAGCCACGCUGAAUCUCAGUGAAAAUGAAACAGAGAGCAUACUUGAAGAAAUAAGAAGUAAAGCAAUUGAGCGUGGAACAGGAAAUGAAGCUUAUAGGGCAACAGGGGUUGCAACACUUGAAGUGGCUUUACCUCGUAGGUUGCAAAAAACCAGAAAAAAAAUGCUGGAGACUAAAUUAAUCAUCACUGGCACAGAACUAAGAUCCCAGAUUGCACAACUAUAUGGAUUUCAAGAAACAUUUAUCAAAAUAAUUAUAAAUAAGAAGCUACUUGACCUUGGGAAAACUCUUGAAGAGCAAGGUGUGACACACAAUGUAAAGGUCAUGGUGCUUGAGCUAAAACACAGUGAGGAGGAAGCCAAAAAAGAAGUUCGGGAAGAAGAAAUGAAACAUGAGGAAGAGACCAUGAAGGAAAAAGAAAAAACUGAAAGGAUGCGAAGAACUAAGAAAGGUUUAGAAAUACUGGCAACUAGAGAUGAUUACUUAGAUCCAGACACAACUCCAUAUCUAGAUAUAGCUAAUCAAACUGGAAGAUCUAUCAAGAUUCCUCAUAAAGCCAAAAAAUCCCUUCUACUAGCUAUGGGUUAUCAUGAAAAGGGCAGAGCAUUCAUGAAGAAAAAAGAGUAUGCUGUAGCACUGCCAUUCUUGCUGGAUGCUGAUAGACACUUUCGCAACUGUGGCUCAGAACUUCUGAAUACAGUUGAUAAUUAUGCAGUGUUGCAGUUGGAUAUAGUAUGGUGCUACUUCCAACUAGGACAGCUGGAAUGCCUUGAUGAUGCAGAGAAGAAGCUUACCACCGCCCACAAAUGCUUCAAGAGAUGUUAUGGGGAAAACCAUGAAAGACUUGUCACAAUAAAAGGAAGUUAUGGGAGUGAGAAGGUUUUAUUUCUGAGGCUUUACCUCCUUCAGGGAAUAGGGAACUAUCAUAAUGGCAGAGAAAAAGAGGCUGUUGAACAACUUCAGAAGGCAAAUAGUUUGUAUCAAGAGCUCUCCAUAGAUCCUGAAAAAAUCAGUAGCUUGUUACUCCUGGGAUUCUCUGCGCAGGAAGCUCGUCUUGGUCUACGAGCUUGUUAUGGGAAUUUGGAGAAUGCUGCCAGUCUUAUUACCAACAAAAGAGAGGAAAAGGCACAAAUAAGGAGAGAGGAGAGAGCUAAGAGGAGGAGGAGAUUGGAUGACAUAAAUACCUUGAAAAGUAUGGGCUAUUCAGAAUGCGCUGCUAAAAAAGCACUUCACCAGGCACAAGGGAACUUGGACCAAGCCUUUAAGGUUCUUCUUGAUAAUCCUCAGUUGUUGUUGCUAAAUGAUGAUGAUGGUAUCACUGAUCCUAUGACCAUGCACCAGUUUCCAGUUCCUAAGGAAAGUAUUGACCAAUUGGUGUACAUGGGUUUUACUCCUGAGUCAGCGGAGGAAGCGCUGAAAGUCUUUCAGGGCAACAUUCAGUUAGCGUCACAAACGCUUGUUCACUAUGGAGGAGUUCUUCCUACUGAGCUGCAGCUGCCAUCAGGACAGACUACUCCAUCUGAAGAAUCUAUUUCAUCAAAAGAUUCUCCCACAGAGUCUGCAGGCACUUCUAGUUCAUCAACAGACGAAGACAUGGAAACAGAUGUAGUCAAUGAAACAGAUGUAGUCAAUGAAAUCUUAGAAGAUAUUCCAGAACAUGAAGAAGAUUAUUUAGAUUUAACCCUGGAAGAGGAAGAAAAGGUCAUUAAAGAAUACUUAUCCUGUAUGCAUGAGGAGCAAUCCUAAAAUUUCAUUAUCCACUGUUCAGUAACAAGGAAUUACUUUUGGCUACAUAUCACGUCUAAAUCCAAACUCAAGCUUAUCUUUAGCCAAAUGCCUUACAUUCAGUUAAAGUGAAUUAUUUAAUUAUCAAUUAUAACUGCUUAAAAUCUCCUCUGUGGUUAACUAUGUCAUAAUUCAGCAUAAUAAUAAAGCAGAAACAAAUAUUUUUUUCUGAAAAACACUGUUUGGUAGAGAGGUUGAAUAUAUAUUUCUAUGGGUGUGAAAUUAGCCCAUUUAAUUAAUAUAGCAAAUAAAAGCAUUUUACAACAUUUUGCAUCAUCUGUUUUAAAACAAAAUCUACAUUUGUAAUCAGAAACCUAGUUAAUACAUUUAUAAAGCUGUCAGUUUACAAAACCAACCUCCUUCUCUUUUGAAGUACUGUUUUCCAAAAAUCAUUUACAGAUGAGAUCUCAAUUAAAUGAUGAUGCUUUUUCUUGUCUCUGUUCAUGUCAGAUGUUGCAAGAGCUACUAAUAAAAAUAAAACAUAC